AUGUUUUCAGAGUUACCUUCAGGCUGGGCCCCUUCUUCUCACCCUCAAUUCAAACACCUCAACCGCCAAGUCUCUUCGCCCCUCUCAUCCCGUCCCCUUUUCUUUCGCCUCUCCUUCUCGCGCUCUGUACUUAACCCUCGUCUUCCUGCCUCGAUUCUCGCGAGCGAUGCUGGCUGGUGCGGAAGCAAUUCCUCCUACUGCGGUGCGGGAUGCCAGAUCGGGCCGUGCACAGUAGGAGGGGGAGGGGGGGCCUCUUCUCCUACCCCACCCUCAGGGAAUAAGGAAGGGGCGCCCACGGGGUUGGUGGUGGGGGCGGUUGUGGGAGCAGUGCUGCUGUUGCUAGGAGUGGUAGUUCUGAUCGUGCUUUUGUAUAAGAGGUUCCAGAAGAAGGCAGCAACAAACGAUGAAGAAGCAGCAGCAGCAGCAGCAGCAGCAGUGGGGAAGCCCGGGUCUAAGCAGUGCAAAUUCUACCCCUUGACGGACGUGCUAUGGGCGACCAACAACUGGGCUGAGGCGAAUAGGAUCGGCAGCGGCGGGUACGGAGAUGUGUACAAGGGCGUGUCCCCCCAUGACACAUCCGUGCUGUGGGCCGUGAAGCGUGCUACUGUAUUCACAACCGACGACUUUCACCGAGAGAUCAAUGAGAUGGCAUCAAAGAACCACGGCAACCUGGUGCGCCUGCUGGGGUACUGCACCCACAUGGACGCGGCCACAGGGGUGAUAGAGCAGAUUCUCAUCUAUGAGUUCAUGCACAACGGUGACCUCGAGAGGUGGAUCGGACCAGGCGUGCCUGUGCCUCUGAACCUGCAGCAGCGCUUGGACGUGCUCAUAGGGGUGGCUCAGGGCUUACAGUACCUGCACAGCUUCAACAUCGUUCAUCGCGACAUCAAGCCCGCCAACGUCCUGCUUGACAACACCAUGCAGGCCAAGGUAUCUGACUUUGGGUUGGUGCGGAUAAACAAAGGCACCACUGUGGGUGCAACGCGGGUGAUGGGAACGCCAGGCUAUGUGGACCCCGCGUACUCAUGGACACAGAGAGCCACUCCUGCAGCAGACGUGUAUAGCUUUGGAGUGGUGUUGCUGACAGUUAUCACUGGGCGCAAGGCCUUGGUCUACGUGGAACCCGAGAGGACUCUGAGAACUAUAGAGGGCACCUCCGUCAACCUCACUGGUUGGGUAGAGCUGCUACUGAAAGCAGGGGAUGCGGACAAAAUCAAAGACCCACGCCUGGACGCCCCCAGCCACGUUAUUCUCAGGCUCGCCACCCUCGCCCUCUCCUGCACCACCAUGUCUGUCACCACUCGCCCCACCAUGGCCCGCGUUCUCUCCGAUAUUCUGGUCCUGAGACAAGAGUGCUUUGGGCAGGAGUUGGAUCCGGUACUGGCGACUAUGGACAGAGAUUUGGCGGACCUUAGGGGUUCCACCUUCUCACAGGAGAUUCGGAGGGUGGACACUAUGUGUGGAAAAGAGUCGAGUGAGGUUUGA